CCCUCGACGGCGACAUCGUCGCUCCAUUCUUUUACUAUAACCCAUAAUCUCAUUCCUUAUCUCGUGGAUUUGGCCUUGGAUUAGACUUCUCGACAUUAACGCCCUCCUUUGACAUCGACACGACCUUGAAUGAUGGAUAACCGACCAGCCGGACCCACCGGACCAGCCACGAUCCAAGAGAUACGUCGGGUUGCCCGUAUAUCUGUGAAGCUUCUAGAGGAAAAUGACCUCCGGUGUUGUGUAUUUGGGAGUGCUGCAUGCUCGAUGUAUGGGACGCGGAAUAGGAUACCUCGCGACAUAGACAUAGUCGUCUUCACAGCCCGCGACCCGGAGGAAAUCAAGCGCAUCCUCGUCGACUCCGAUAAACGCAAGUUCUUCCUCGUGCCGUCCAAGAAACGCGACGAGACCUACAAGGUCCUUUGGUUCCGGCUCUCAGGGCGCAAUCCGCACCCAUCCGACCCGGCCAAGACCGUCGGCCGGCGGUGUAAGGUCGACAUCCUCAUCCCGGGCACGCUCGACCUCCCGAGCAUACCACGGACGCGCGUAUGCUACACCCGUGUACCGGACGUGCCUGUCGUCCCGCUCAUAGUGCUCAUUGGACUCAAGCUGCGUGGCUGGGUGGACCAUCGUGAUGCCGAGCUGGAGUACUACAGGGUCAAGCAGGUCGACGACGUUGCGGACCUCGAGGCGCUGUUGGUUAUUGCUGUCGGGGCAGGAAUCAGGAUGAAGGACGCGGACUGGUUGCCACGGCAGUUUAGGAGAGAUGCGAGGGAGAGGGCCAGGGAGUUUGUGAGGUUUCGACCGGCGACGAAAGCUAAGUUUGAGGCUCUGGGCUUUGACAUGCAGGGCGUGUUUACCGAGCAUUUUCCUUUCCUUUUCACUGGAGUUGCAAUAGUCGAUCCGGAUUGAUACCUGUGUACUUUGUGCAGGGUGUGCUUUGCCUAAACCUCGGGCGCCCUAUGCCAUUGUACCUUGAGGAUCUGUGUACUAUAAAUCGCGCUUGAUUUCAUCGCUAGAGUAUUCAAUAUUGAAUUUUAGAUUUCCAUUCAGUAAAGUCUUCAAUUCUUGCUCUUGUUUAACAAUUUCAUCAAUUUUAGCAACUGUAGCUAUACUAUCUAACUUUAGCUUACACUAUUCAGAGUGUCACGUCGUACGCGUAUGGGCUCACCCGAUGCUCAGUGAUGUGAGGCUCAGGUACGCCAUAACUUGAGUUACCUUUGUUUUCCACUUAGAUUGAGAACCAAGACAUACGACGAGUAAAAUAGCCCUCUGGGUAGACAAAAAUGCCAUAUUGCCCUCAC